AAAGGUCCAACAAGUGAACGUUGGCUGUUUGCAGUGGCGGAUGAAGUUUAGGCGGUCACAUUAGGCCCGGGUCAGAUCAACAAGAACGCGGAUCCGUCUUGACGGUUGUGGUUAGUGGACCGGAGUAUGGAGAGAGAUUUGUUGAGAAUUCAAUUCAAAGCUUUUACCAUCUUCAACCGUUCCCUCUCUCAAUUUCUCAUUCCAAAAACCCUCAAAAAAGAAAAAAAGAUCCAAAAUUAUUAGCUUGUAAUUCAUUUCAUUUCCGAUUCCCAACGAGAUCGGUACCCGUUGGUCUUUGUUCCCUAAUGGCUACCAGAAAUCGGACCGUCCAGUACAAAAAAACCAGGGAUGCAGUGAAGAGCGUUCGAGCUCCUCUCUCUUCCUCAGCCUCCAGUUCCGGCGGUCCGGUUAUUGAAAUGGUUAAUGCUUCUUUCCUUCGCUCCAAUCGCUCUUCCUACGCUCCUCUCAGCACUGAAGAAGACCCUGGUCCUUCAAGUGGCGCGUUUACGAUAGGUUUACCGCCGUCGUGGGUCGACGAUUCGGAAGAAAUAGCGGCUAAUAUUCAACGAGCUAAGGCCAAGAUGGCGGAGUUAGCCAAAGCUCAUUCCAAGGCUUUAAUGCCUUCAUUUGGAGACGGCAAAGAAGAUCAACGCGCGAUUGAGGUUUUGACCAAAGAAAUUACAGAUCUAUUAAGGAAAUCUGAGAAGCGAUUGCGAAAUCUUUCGAACAACGGAUCUUCCGAGGAGUCCACUCUCCAAAAAAACGUACAGCGUUCGCUCGCAACAGACCUUCAGACCCUAUCUGUGGAGCUGCGGCGGAAACAAUCAACUUAUUUGAAACGGCUACAAAAGCAAAAAGAGGAUGGUGCUGACUUGGAGAUGAACUUGAAUGAUAACAGAUAUCGAUUGGACGACGAUGACUUCGGUGUCAUGGGUUUUAAUGAGCACCAAAUGAGCAAGCUGAAGCAGAGUGAGUUCUCAACUGUAGAAAGGGAGAGAGAGAUUACGCAGGUUGUCCAGUCUGUAAAUGAGCUUGCUCAAAUCAUGAAAGACAUCUCAGCCCUUGUGAUAGACCAGGGCACAAUUGUUGAUCGAAUAGACUACAAUAUCCAAAAUGUUGCUACAUCAGUCGAGGAGGGCUUCAAACAGCUCCAGAAGGCUGAACGAACACAGAAGAAGGGAGGGAUGGUGAUGUGUGCAACAGUGCUGGUUAUUUUAUGCUUCAUCAUGAUAGUCCUAUUGAUCCUAAAAGAGUUAUUGCUAUGAUCGUUUUAGGGUACAGAACUGACAGCGGCUUAACACCCUAGUUUCACAUGAUUCAUCAUGUAUAUAUGAUGUUCCCGAGUAAGAUGGACGCUGAUGAUAAUAAAUAUAAACUGCGUUGUAAAUAGUUUCGUAAUGGUAAUGCACUGUUUUUUCCGUAGAAAACUCAUUUUUAACGUUGUAAUGAGGCGAGUUUGUUUUAGUUGUAACGAUUCAUUCUUUGUGGGUAAUGCUCAAACUAAUGAAAAAGUGGAAUGCAUUACAGUGA